CGUAAAAUAAAUGUUUAAAAGUACUUGAGACUUGAGAGUGCCACGUCGUUGGUUGUCGUUUAUGACCUCGUGUUGUUACAUUUCUUUGUCACUGUUCAAUGUGUUCACCCCUUUUUCCAACAACAACAACAACAACAAUGGAGGAGAGAGAAUUUCUAGCGAUAUCAAAAUUAGGGUUUUUAUCAAAACUUACAUUCAUCGUCGUCAUCAUCAUCUUCAAUGCAAUCGAGCAAAUAGAAGGUUCAAUUCACGAUUACAGAAAUGAAAAAUUCAUUCCUCAGUCUAAUGCAUUCUUCUUCCAUGGCGGAAGUGAAGGUCUCUAUGCUUCUAUGCUCUCCGAUCACUCUUCAUCAUCCGAAAAAAGUUCCAAAGGAAGGUCUUUUAUCAGAUUUGAAUCCAUCACUUUUACGAGAACAAAGGAGUCUGCAGAGAAGCAGAACGAAUGGCAGCAGUAUACUAGUACAGUGGAAGCUAUCAUAGUUGAGGUGAAAGACCGAGAAAGGAUCGGUGGAACAUACCUUAAAACCGAUGCAAUUUGUUGCAACCAAACCCUCGCGAAUGAGGGGCAUUGCAAGAUAGGUGAGGUUAUAAUGCAGCCCAAUCCGGAAAAGCCUGAAUGGCCUAAACGGAUCAAGAUCUUCUUUGAAGGAAAGAAUGACAAGGCCUUGAUGCAUCUCCAGUCUGUUGACAUUAACAGCACGGGAAUGUAUUAUCUGUACUUUAUGUACUGUGAUCCGACAUUGAAGGGUACAACAAUAAAUGGAAGAACGUUAUGGAAAAAUCCGGACGGUUAUUUGCCUGGAAAAAUGACUCCUUUGAUGAAAUUUUAUGGUUUCAUGUCUUUAGCAUACCUCUUGCUGGGACUAGGUUGGUUACUGCGGUUUGUUCAGUUCUGGAAAGAUAUAAUACAGCUGCACUAUCACAUUACAGCAGUGAUUGCCCUUGGUAUGCUUGAAAUGGCAUUAUGGUAUUUUGACUAUUCAAAUCUGAAUGCCACAGGUGUUAGACCAAUGGGGGUCACUAUGUGGGCAGUAACCUUUACCGCCGUUAAAAAGACACUCUCCCGCCUUCUCCUCCUGGUUGUCUCCAUGGGAUAUGGUGUGGUUAAACCAACUUUAGGGGCUAUUUCAUCGAAGGUUAUGCUUUUCGGAGCUGUAUACUUUUUAGCAUCUGAAGCGCUGGAACUAUAUGAACAUUUGGGCAACAUUAAUGAUUUUAUUGGGAAAACGAAAUUAGUUCUGGUGUUGCCUGUUGUGUUUAUGGACACGUGCUUCAUUCUGUGGAUCUUCUCUUCUCUUUCAAACACUCUGGAGAAGUUGCAGAUCCGCAGAAGCAUGGCUAAGUUAGAUCUCUACCGGAAAUUUACAAAUGCUCUUGCGAUAUUUGUUGUGCUUUCAAUUGCUUGGAUUGGUUAUGAGUUGUAUUUUAAUGCAACGGAUCCUUUGGGUGAGCUGUGGCGGUUUGCAUGGAUCAUUCCUGCCUUUUGGGCUUUGCUUGCGUACUCUCUCUUAGUUGUGAUAUGUAUUCUCUGGGCUCCUUCCCACAAUCCUACAAGGUAUGCCUAUUUGGAAGAGUCAGGUGAUGACUUAGAUGAAGAGGGCGUAUCACUGACAAGUAGUGGGGUCAAGGUUGGCGCUGAUAUGGGAAACAUGCUCGAAAGGAAAGAGAGAAAAGUUUCAAGCACAACAGAUCACGUUUUUGUUGGGGUUAGGGAGGAACUGGAGGAGGACAAGAGAGAGUAAGCAACAACAACUUUUAUCCAUAAUUUUCAGUCUUUCUUACUGAAAUGGGGGAGGACGCUCACACGCACGGUUCCAUAAUUUUGUACAUAUGGAGAAGAUGACAAAGCUUAACAUAUGCAUUAGGGGGAAGCUUUCUUGUAAAAUCAUGUCAUAAAUGUAACUUUUAGCUAUGGUCUAUGGAAAAAGAACAAGCCGACUUGUGAAUUUGAUCCUCGAGCUUGGUUGCUAUAUGCAUGAUUUCCUUCUCUAAUUUCAACGUUGAAUAGCCCUACCAGCAAUAGUGCUCUGUACCAACUAUAAUCUAUCUUUGAAUGCAUUGAGCCAUUGUGGUUGCCUUUUAUGAA